AUGUCUUCCACUGCGUUUGUUUUUGUUACGAGGGAGAAAUUUGAUCAGCUAAUUGAAGAUUAUUUGACAGCUGAUGGAAAUGGUCGUCGUGAAAAAUUUUUGAUAACACAAGACGUAGCAAACAUGAUAAUUUCCGUGUUAAAUAAUCCAGAAACCACUGAAUUUGAUGCACGGUUCCGACAUUGGGCACGCAAGCAAUUCUCAACGAGAACCAUUCGCGACAACGUAAAGCUAAUUGACACAAAGAAUAGUAAACCUGUCUGCAUUAAAGAAGAGCUUUACGAUGUCAUAGGAAAUACUCACCAUGAGCUUCAACACGCAGGAUAUAAAAAGACGUUUGCAGCUAUAUCGGAUGAAUAUAGUCGUGUUCCACGGGAACUCGUCGAUGUUGAAGAAGGCUCUCUAUCACCAGUGAGCGUUGAUGAUCAAGCGAAUGAAGCACAUGUUGACGAGUUACCAAUAGACAAUUACGCGCCCGAGAAUGAUGAUUUUUCGUCUGAAGACGACGACGAAUUCUACAUUGAACAAAUUGCUACGGGGCUCUUCAUUCAAGAUACGAUGAUGUAUAAACCUUUCCGCAUAAUUCCACCAAGUCCGCAUCGUUCCUCAUAUGUUUUCCGACUUGAUACAUGGUUCCGUGGCAUGCUAAGGCCUAAUGUCUGGAAUGAGUCGACAAAGAGGUUUAUAAUGAGAUGUUUAGAAGAUCUCAGAAAUUGGAAUAACGAUGCUGAAACUGGUUAUAAGUUGAUCGAAGAAAACGAUCAAAUGGAACAAUUCUUUGAAGAGUGGCCUGCUAGAAUUCAAACCUUUGAAGAAAGCAUGCAUCAAGUCGUAGACGACCGUAUGGAUGAUGAUGACGAUAAUGAAAACGAAUCAGAUAUGCAUGACGCAAUUCGCCGAAAUGUGCAACAAAAUAUCGAUCGCAAUGUGGAAUUCAUUAGACAAAAAAUGCUAAGAAGAGGUGGAAGAGUAGUUCAGUCGUUUGUUGUUGGUGAUGUAGUUAGACUACGCAUUCCAGAAGCUGACAGAACACAGCUUGGCAGAAAAUUUUUGCCAUGCAAGGUGUUAGAAAUUGUAAGAGAUAACCUAUAUAGACUUGGGUGUACGUUAGCAGACUUUCAUGAGUUGGAGGAUAUACCAGACACAACUGUCUCACUAACUGAAGUGGCGAGACGUCUGGCGUUAGUUAAUAGUGAAGAAUCAAGUGCAUGUAACUGUCAAUUGGACUGUUCAACGAGAAGGUGUUCAUGCAAAACCAUACAUCCGUUGACUGAGGAGCGCCUUUUGAAACACAUUUUCGACAAGCUCGAUGUUACUCAAUCACCAGAAAGUUUUGUAGCUGGCGAAGGUAAAAAAAGUUCUCAGGUUGCAAUAUGA